AUGACUCUGGAGAUAGCGGAAGCCAUGAGCUCUUCAGUCUUCAGCAUUGAAGGCCACGAACUAUGUGCAAUCGAAGUCGGGAACAUUGAUACAUAUAACACGACUGUUUUGCAUGUACCCAGCAUUCGACUUGUCGUUGCUGGAGAUGCAGUAUAUGGUGAUGUGCAUCAGUUCUUUGGAGAAGCGAACACCACCGAGAAGCGGAUGGACUGGCUACGUGCGCUGGACACGGUUGAAGCGUUGGAUCCGCAUACGGUGAUCGCCGGGCAUAAGCGGGCGGGGACAGUAGAUGGGCUUUUUAAUUUGCAGAAGACGCGUAAAUACAUACUGGAUUUUGAAGAUGCAGUGGCCAAGGCGACGAGUUGGAAGGAGUUAAUGGACGAUAUGAAAGCUCGAUAUCCUAGAAGGAUUAACCCUCACGCGAUUUUGAGAGGUGCCAUAGCGGCGUUUCCGGAGUAG